AUGUCGGCCACCAGCAACUCCAGAGGCGAUUGUUCCGUCGCAUGCGACGCCAUCAUCGUUGGAGCCGGCCUCAGCGGCAUCUCUGCUGUGUACAAAUUGCGAAAGCUCAGACUCAACGCCAAAAUCUUCGAGGGAGCCCCCGAUUUUGGCGGCGUCUGGCACUGGAACCGCUACCCUGGCGCUCGUGUUGAUUCGGAGACGCCCUUCUACCAACUGAACAUUCCCGAAGUAUGGAAAGACUGGACCUGGUCUUGCCGCUAUCCUGACCAGAAAGAGUUGCUGUCAUAUGUUCACCACUGUGACAAGAUCCUGGGCUUGAGAAAAGACGUCUACUUCGGAGCUGAGGUGGUUGAUGCGCGGUAUGCCAGAGAUCUGGGCACCUGGACUGUCAAGACGUCGGCUGGCCAUGUUGCGACGGCAAAGUAUCUCAUUCUCGCUACGGGGUUGCUCCACAGGAAGCACACUCCCGCACUCCCCGGCCUCGCCGAUUUCAACGGGAAGGUGAUUCAUUCGAGUGCCUGGCACGAAGACUUCGACGCAGAGGGCCAGAGAGUCGCCGUCAUCGGUGCCGGGGCCACAAGCAUCCAGAUUGUUCAGGAGUUGGCCAAGAAGGCUGACCAGGUAACCAUGUUUAUGCGAAGGCCGAGCUAUUGUCUGCCCAUGCGGCAACGAACGAUGGAUAGGAACGAACAGACAGCCUGGAAGGCCUACUACCCCACGCUGUUUGAAGCGAGUCGAAAGUCUCGGAUUGGAUUCCCGGUCCAGGCACCGUCGGUUGGCAUCUUUGAAGUCAGCCCCGAGCAGCGGGAGGCCUAUUUCGAAGAGUUGUGGGAGCGUGGGGCCUUUAAUUUUCUUGCUUGCCAGUACCGAGAAGUCAUGGUUGACAAAAAGGCCAACCGACUGGUCUAUGACUUCUGGGCCAAAAAGACUCGAUCUCGUAUCGUCAAUCCGGCAAAGAGAGAUCUCAUGGCUCCUCUGGAGCCGCCGUACUGGUUCGGUACCAAGCGCUCCCCACUGGAGAGCGACUACUACGAAAUGCUGGACAAGCCGAGCGUCGAAAUUGUGAAUCUAGAACAAUCGCCCAUUGUGGCUGUUACAAAGACAGGUGUGCUCUUGAGUGACGGCAGCAAGAGGGAAUGCGACACGAUCGUGCUGGCGACGGGUUUCGACAGUUUCACUGGCUCAUUGACACAUAUGGGCUUGAAAAACAAGCACGGAGUGGACCUGAAGGAGGUGUGGAAAGAUGGCAUAUCUACUUAUAUGGGAGUCUUCUCUCAUGGCUUCCCCAAUGCCUUCUUCGUCGCCACGGCUCAAGCCCCGACCGUCCUUUCCAACGGCCCAACGAUCAUAGAAACCCAAGUCGACUUGAUCGCCGAUACAAUUGCAAAGUUGGAGGCCGAGCACGCCACGUCCGUUGAGGCGACGAAAUCAGCACAAGAGGCAUGGUCGAUUAUGAUUGCCAAGAUGAACGAGCACACUCUGUUCCCCUUGACGGAUUCGUGGUGGACUGGAGGCAACAUCCCUGGGAAAGCAACACGUGCUUUAACCUUCAUAGGCGGGAUUGCUCUCUAUGAGCAGAUCUGUCAAGAGAAGGUGGCCAAUUGGGAUGGGUUUGAUGUGCUUCAUGCUCCCUGCUAA